AUAGACUCACCUGCCGGCAUUGGGCAUCAUUAAAUAAAAACGUUCGUUCAAUUAACAACUGCAGUGUGCUGAGGACCCAGUCGAAAGGAUACUUUUGCCUUUUGGAUUACACUUCUGAGCUUCGAACAAGAUGAAGAACUUUGCUCUCUGUCUGCUGGUCGCCGCCUUGAUGAGCUGCUGCCAGGCUGCCCCCCAAAAAGCGGAGGAGCCCAUCGCCAUCAUCAGCCAGGAGUCCAACAUAGAACCAGAUGGUGCCUACAACUACGCAUACGAAACGGCUAACGGAAUUAAGGCCGAGGAGACCGGAACCCUGAAGAAGGCCACCUCCCCCGACACCAGUGACGUGAUCAUCGCCAGGGGAUCGGUGUCCUACACCUCUCCCGAGGGCAACCUGAUCACCCUGAACUAUUCGGCCGAUGAUGAGAACGGUUUCCAGCCGCAGGGCGAUCAUCUGCCCACUCCACCACCAAUCCCACCAGCGAUUCAGAAGGCUCUGGACUACCUGCUCACCCUUCCCCAGUCAAAGCGUCGUUAAGGACGGAAGACCCCCUAGAUGUUGACCAACGAUUGUGACCGACCUCGAUUCUAAUGUGUAGAUGCUGCGCUGUUGCUACAAGUUGAUUGCUGCAAAUCCCCCAAUCCCGAUCCCUAGACAAUCACACAUAAGACACAAGCCAAGGGCUGGAGCCUUUCCUCCUCAAUUCUUCUUUCACACAGGAGGUCAAAGGUCGGCCAAAUCCACUGACUGAAGAACACAAACUCAAACGGAUUUGAGGGACAAACACCACACUGAACAACACAACACGAUGAUACUGAUAACCCAGUCUGCUUUCUUGCUUUCUUCCACGAACUCUCUUCUACGCGAAUUUCUUCAGAUCUUUUAGUCGCCGGAACUUCGCCAUUUUCGGACUCAUGUGAUAUCGUCGAUUUAUCAAUGAAAUCAACAAAGAAAAUGUAAAAAAAAUAACUAACAAACAAGAAAUUACAUAAAUAAUAUACAGGAAUAUUAUCCACAGCAAA